GUAGGAAAAGAAGAAGUCUCUAGAAUGUCAAAGAACGCUUUGAUUUUUCGACAGCUGGUCGAAUUUGCGUCCUCAACAUACACCUAUAUUCUGGGCUGCGCUGCUACUAGGAAAGCUGUGAUUAUUGAUCCAGUCCUUGAAACUGCUCACAGAGAUGCUGAGAUUAUUCGAGAUCUAGACCUGGAUUUAAUAUAUGGGCUGAACACACAUGUUCAUGCAGAUCAUGUUACUGGUACGGGAGUGCUCAAAACAGUAAGUGAACAGCUCUUCUACGUUGAAACAAAAGUUUAUGCAUACUAUGUUCGCCGUCUUUUUGGCCUUUCCUGCAAUGAAAUCCGUCUUGGCUGUGGAAAAGCUGAUCACUAUGUUAAAGACGGCGAUGUAAUAAAUUUUGGAAAACAGCAAUUAGAAAUACGAUCAACGCCUGGACAUACGAAUGGUGAGUGAUU